AUGACUAAAAUAAAAUCUCUUACCAGACAUAUUAAUCUGAGUAUAUUGGAAAGCGAUAACGAACAUACAAAUCGUCCAACGUAUACACGUCCAGCCAGAAUCCGUAGCCUUGAAUUCCAACAAGCGAACAACAUAUCAAUAAGGGAUGUGUUGCAGAGAGCCCCAUACGACACUCCACCUUGGACUAGGUCAAAGCCACAUAUUGAUAUUCGCCUUUCUGUAUUUCUUAAAAAUGAGACAGCACCCCAGGUGUAUCUCGCUCGUUUCAAACAAAUUACAGAUCACCUCCACGAUCAUCUCUUCAUAUACUCGGAUGGAUCUAAGAGCAGUACCGGAGUGGGAGCAUCAAUAGUAGUUAACAGUGUUUGCCACAUGUGGAGUCUGGAUCCGAUUUCAAGUAUUUUCACUGCAGAAUGUUAUGCCAUCUGGCAGGCACUUCUAUUCUUUGCAUUGUCAUCUAGCUUAGCGUGUUCGAUAGUAUCAGACUCUCUGAGUGUGAUCAGCUCCAUAGGAAAUAACUUCACCAAGGAUGAAAGAAUAAGUCGAAUCUUGAACUUAACCAGCUCACUAGAAAAUGACCAUAAAAAAGUCCGUUUCAUAUGGGUACCUAGUCAUGUGAAUAUUAUCGGCAAUGAAUUGGCUGAUGCAGCGGCAAAGCAAGCAGCCACCAUGGCACCGGAUGAAGGCAUUCCUACUCCGCUAUCUGACUAUGUAAAACACUUAAAAGACACCACAAAACAAGCAUGGCAGCACAAAUGGGACCUAUAUGACGGACACAUGAGAUCCGUCCAAACAAGUAUCGAAAAAUGGACUUAUCCGAAGCAACUGAAUCGUCGGCAGCAGACAGUCUUAUGCCGACUACGAAUUGGCCAUUGUUGGCUAAGAUUGUCUUAUGAGUAUGGUAUUUAUGGUAAUAACACUAAUAAACUAAUAACAAGUAACAUAAAUAUAUAUUUUUUACUAUCAUAA